AAAACGCUGCCAGUUUAAGCAGCACCAAACUAUUGUGUCCAAGUGAUAGCGUGUGUUUCUUGCUGUGAGACCUCGUCUUCCGGCGAGCUUGCGACCUCGACGCCGGCGUACAUCGCCGGGUUAAGGUCCAACACAAACACAGGCUGCUCGACCCGCGGUCGUCGGAAGAGGAGCUCGCGAACCUCGGCUCUGCCUGCCAGCAGGGUUUCUUUCAGCUCAUCAACCAUGGAGUUGCGGACGAGGUGAUCCGGGACGUGAAGAGCGACAUAGCCGAGUUCUUCAAGCUGCCACUCGAGGCCAGGAAGGUGCACGCGCAGCUACCGGACGGCCUCGAGGGGUACGGCCAGGUCUUCGUCUUCUCCGAGGCCCAGAAGCUGGACUGGUCGGACAUGCUCUACCUCAUGCUCCGCCCCGUCGAGUCCCGCGACAUGCGGUUCUGGCCCGUCCAGCCUCCGUCUUUCAGGAGCUCCGUGGAUCGGUACUCGGCGGAGGCGGCGAAGGUGGUGUCGUGCUUGCUGCGGUUCAUGGCCGUGGACAUGGGCGUGGAGCCGGAGCGCCUCCUGGAGCUGUUCGGCGGCCAGCCGCAGACCAUGAAGGUGACCUACUACCCGCCGUGCCGGCAGGCCGGCAAGGUGAUCGGCCUGUCGCCGCACACGGACGCCUGCGCCAUGACGCUGCUGCUCCACGUCAACGACGUGCAGGGCCUGCAGAUCCGGAGGGACGAUGGCAAGUGGCUCGACGUUGAGCCUCUCGACGGCGCACUCACUGUCUUCGUCGGUGGCGUAAUCGAGGAAAAGUACAGCUAACUAUGUUUAUUCCUUAUUAACCCUUAUGGUGUGUGCUUAGGAAAAGUAAUAGUAAAAUGAUCACAUUGUUUAACACUUUUUCGAUUCAUACUUUUUCUGUUCCAAAUUAUUAGUUGUUUUGGUUUUUUAAAAUUCACACACUUUGGAUGCGUAGCAAAGUCUCUGGAUUUAGAAAAACAUAGAACAGAGGGAGUAUCUUAAAUAAGAAGUAAAUUAAAGGGGAGGUACGGUACUAGUGUGAGUGCUGACUGGUGAGCGAUUGCGACUUGCAGAUUCUAAGCAACGGGAGGUACAGAAGCGUUGAGCACCGAGCCGUGGUGCACCCGGACAAAGAGCGCAUCGCGGCGGCGAUGUUCCACCAGCCGCUGCAGAGCAUAAUGGUUGAACCUCUGCCGGAGCUCGUGAAGAAAGACGGCGGCGGAGCUCGGUACAAAUCUGUGGGCUACGCGGAAUUCAUGAGGCGUUUCUUCUCGGCGAAGCUCGACGGACGGAAGAGCCACCUCGACCACUUCAGGAUUUACUAGUCGACUUCCGUCCUACAAGCAAGCGAAUAAAAUGUCGAACAGCCCAACAGAUAAAUGUACUCCGGUCAGAGGUUUAUGCUACUAAAUUUCUAGGCUGGGUUUAUCUAAAUAAAGUACUCCAUGGGUUAUAUUAA